UAGUGAGUUACGACGCCCCUGUCGUGUCAAUGUUCAGGUCAGCCAUCUGGCGCAGUCAGCUAGCUCCAGCAGGAUUUGGGAAAAUGGAGGCUUGACCGAAGAAUGAACGAGGGCACGUCAUCCGCAUCUCUGUCGUGUAGAUCUUCAAAUCCUGGUGAUUGUAGUUGUGAAGCUGUUAUUUUGUUGAGGAAUUACAGUGAUUCAGUUUCAAAGUAGUGAUUGACUCCACCCAUGGCGGAGAAUAUGAGCCCUGAGCUCUCUGUAGCUCAUGAGCCAGAAAAGAGCCAAGGCCAAAUGGAUAGCUGCUCUCAAGGUGAUGGAGAAGUGCGGCCUAGUGAGCCAAGUUCCCCAACAGAAAGUGAAAAGGUGGGAGGGAACACAAUAGAGAAACCAGACAAAUCUUCGAAAACCAACUGCGAGUUGAAGAAAACGUGGUCCUUCCGUCGGUCCACUGUUGCUAGAAGAGACAUGCCAGUAGAGGCAGCAACCGACAACCCUGAGAGCCGCUACCCUGUACGUCGUAGUGGCAGACAGUCAAAGCGUACUGACAAAUUGGAGGAAUUUCUCUCUACUACUAAGAGAGCGCUAAGAAAAAGUGCUCCUCCAACCCUUGAAAGUGGAGAUCCUCCUUCACAAACCCCUACUGAUGCAGAAACUGCCUCUGAGGCCAGCUUUGAUGGUAAUGCAGACACAAAGACAGAGGACAAGCCUGAGUCGUCUGAAAGGAGAACUAGAAGUAGUACGAGGGAGCAGACUCUAAGGUCAACUCGUCUAAGCAAAUGGACCCGACAAGUAGACAGUGCCGCAGUCAAAGAUGAAGGAAGCUCUGAGAAUGAGGACAGCGGAGAUGGGGAUGAGCCGCAGAGAAAAGAUCCAGUGAAAACAGGCAAAGGUGCCGUAGCUGUCUCUAAAACAGAGGAUGGAAACACCAAUAAGGAACAGCACCAAUCUGAAUUAAGUAUAGAGAAAAAAGAUGGUGAAAAUAAGCAAGAUGUCAAAGAACCAGCUCAGGAGGACACCAAAAAUGAGGACGAGAACACGGAAAAUCCUGGGUUGCUGGUAAAGCGUGGCCCAAUAAGAACCUAUAUUAACAAAAAAAGGGCCGCGAAAGGGAGCAGUACCUCUGUCAAGGCAUCGGCUCCUGUGCCAGCUGUUACCAAGAAAAGCAAGUCUCAGGAAGAGCAGGACAGUGAUGAUGAUGAUGAUUCUUCUUCCUCAUCUUCAACCAAUGAUUCUGAUGGAGGAUAUGACCCCAAUGCACUUUAUUGCAUCUGUCGGCAGAAACACAACAAAAGGUUCAUGAUCUGCUGUGACCGCUGCGAGGAGUGGUUCCAUGGAGACUGUGUCGGCAUCACAGAGGCUCGGGGGCGUCUGAUGGAGAGAAAUGGCGAGGAUUACGUCUGCCCCAACUGUACUGCUAAGAAAAGCCAGGUGAUCAGGCCUGCCACCUCCAUGCUGUCGCUGAGCACGGACUUGAAGACCAAAGCUGGUGCCACAUCUCUAGUUCCUGCUGUUAUUGCCGACUCAGUUCCCAUGGCACGUUCAGUAGUGGCAGUGCAGCCACCCUCAACAUCUGCUGGGAAUGACGACAAAGGAGUGGAGGACGUCGGUAUAAAAGGCAGGAUUGAGAAAGCCACAAAUCCUACAGGAAAAAAGAAGAUAAAAAUCUUUCAGCCGCAGACAGUACAGCAGCCAACACCACCAAACGCUGACCAGAAGAGGGCGCCAGUGCCAGAAAAGACAGCGGGCCCCACGCCAGAGCCAAAAACAGCUCACGAGAUGGAACAGGAGAAGGUGGCUUCCAACGUGGAGGUGAAAACAACUACUGAGGCAGAAGAGGCUGGAGAACCAGUGAGAACAGAGGAUGUUUCACUUCCAAAAUGCAUCGGUCCUGGCUGCGAGAGCAAUGCUCAACCAGACUCCGUGUACUGUGGAAAUGACUGCAUUCUGAGACAUGCUGCUGCUGCCAUGAAGUCAUUUACUGAAGUCAAAGAGCCUAAGGGCAAAGCCCAGAAAUCAACCUCUGCAUCAAAGGGGGGAGCAGCCAACCGGACCAGGGCCCAGAAGGAGAGCAGGGAGGCUUCAGGGAGCGACGGAGAUGACGACGACGUUCCUGAUGAGGAUGACGAAGAUGCACACGCUGUGGAAGAGCCGCCGCCACCUACCACUGCGUCCUGGUGCAGCGACCAUAAUUACAUUGCAGUACCACCUGAAAAGACUACACCCAUAUCACCAACAGUGUUAAACAAAAAGUCCCCACCCAAAGAAGAAAAACAGACAAAGAAACCUGUCCCAGCUCAUGGGAAACCCUCCAGUGAUUCCAAGACUCCUGCCAAAGGGAAGAAGGCCAUGGCAACAAGGGCAUCAUCCAAGGUGCCUCCAAAAGUCAAGAAGCCAGCCCCCCAGUCCGGCAGUUCCAAGGCACCCAAGAGGUCGGCACCUACUCCCAGUAAAUCUGCAAUGAAGUCCAAGAAGCCACGGACGACCUCCACUCCUGCCCCACCUCCUCCCCCAUCUCCUUACCCUCCCGGUCCAAUCCAUGUCACAGGAGCACUGAGAGUCACAAAGACCAACUUUACCAUUCCAAAGAAGCAACCUCAACAAAAAGACUCGCCGCCCCGUCAUCAGUCUUCGUCAUCCACUAGAGUCCCAUCAUCUCCAGUUUCUUCAGUUCCCCCUAGUCACUCUUCUCCAAGGCCUCACCAUUCAAGUUCUUCGGCAGCCUCUGCAUCCCCUGUACCACCCCCAAACCACCAGAUGAGACAAAACAUCCGUCGAUCUCUAACAGACAUUCUUUACAAGAGGGUGAGCGACAGUGAUGAUCUGAAAAUGACGGAGAGCGAAGUUGCGCGGCUAGCAGUUGCCAUUGAAAAAGAGAUGUUUAACCUCUGCCUAAGCACUGAUAGCAAGUACAAAAACAAGUAUCGGUCACUCAUGUUCAACCUCAAGGACCCGAAAAACAAAGGCUUAUUCUACAGGGUGAUUGGAGGUGACGUUUCCCCUUUCCGACUGGUAAGGUUGAGUGCUGAAGAAAUGAUUUCCAAGGGGAUGUCUGAGUGGAAGAAGCCUGACCCACCCCAGUCCUCAAGUGGAAGGUCCCAUUCAGGUCAUUCCAAAUUGGGCAAUAGGUAUGACUCUCAUAGCAUGGAUGUGGAGGAUGCACCACCCCCAUCAGAUACAGAUGUAUGUAUCUCUGCCACAGCCUCCUCUUCUCGCAUGACUUCUGCUGUAGUAGACCAAGAAGAGCCUAGUCUCACCCCUUCAGCUGCACCUCAGCCGUCUGCUGUUGAGGGUAGCAGUAGUAUGCCAGAUAUUUUCAGUAGCAUGCUCAAGGAUACAACGCCAGAGCACAGGACUCAUUUGUUUGACCUCAACUGUAAAAUAUGCACAGGUCAGAAAACAGAAGAUGAGCUUGACGCUAAGAAAACUAAACCCACAAAGAAACCUGACCCAUCCAGGCAAGAGAUGCAUGCAACCAGCGCUGUCAGCCAACAGCACCAGCAGGUGUUCCCUCCACCAUACCAGCCUGGAAUAGAACCAGUAGUUCUGGAGUCACAGACUCAAAUUUACCAAGAAGACCCUAACAAUUUGGCCCCACCUGUGCAGACCCCACAGACUAUUGCCCCCACUGUUUCUUCUGUCAGCAUCACACGCCGUGACCCACGCAUGGCCAGACAUGGCUCUGGCAUUAACAUCCCAUACUCUGCUCAGGAAAAAACAACAAACAGCAUUUCAGAAUCCCUCCCAGCUCCCAUCAUUGCUCCUUUGGAUGUUGGAGCCAAGACACCCCUUCCUAUGCCUCCUGCUCCUCCAACCUCAUUGGUCUUGUCCAAACCAUCUAAAACUAGUACCUCUGAGCCUCCUGCUGAGGGGGAAACUGCAAUCUUCCUCCAUGGCCAAGAGAAGAUUUGGAAAGGGUUCAUUAACAUGCAGUCUGUGGCCAAAUUUGUAACCAAAGCUUACCUGGUUUCAGGCUCUUUUGAGUACCUUAAAGAAGAUUUGCCAGACACUAUUCAUGUUGGUGGACGCAUCUCUCCAAACACAGUGUGGGACUAUGUUGGGAAGUUGAAAACUUCAUUAUCCAAGGAGCUGUGUUUAAUCAGAUUCCAGCCAGCCACUGAGGAGGAAGAAGUGGCUUAUGUGUCACUCUUCUGUUACUUUAGCAGCAGGAAAAGAUUUGGUGUGGUUGCUAACAGCAACCGGCGUAUCAAAGAUCUCUAUCUAAUUCCUUUGGGCUCCAAGGACCCAUUGCCGUCCAAACUCUUACCAUUUGAUGGACCAGGACUCGAGCCAGCUCGGCCCAACCUUCUCCUCGGUCUCUUGAUCUGCCAGAAAGACAAAAAGCGUGCUGGUAUUCCACUGGAAACUGAUGAGAAACGGCCUAAGAUACAAAUUAAAGAAGUUGAUGAUACUAGUCAUCCUAAACUACCAGCAUCAGUCAAAGUGGAGCGAAGCACACGCCAAAGUUUGGAAAUUCCCUUCAGUACUACUCCUCCAGGGUCACCUCCUAGCAGCUCCUCUGAAACGCCAAGUGUUCCUCUGGCCACUUCAUCUGUCCUUUCUGUGUUGCCAUCUGCGAAAGCACCUGCCACAUCAUCGGUCAUAGGUGUGGAAUCCACAUCAUCAUCCAACUCUAUGCCUGCGUCUGCAGCAACUGCCACUCCUCUUCAGACCAUACUGAACACUCUCUUUGGGAAGAAAAAGCAUGAUUCGGAAGCUUCAAGUUCCAACUCUCCAUCUGAACAGGGUGCGGAAUCUUCCAAACCACGUGCUACAAUGCUAGAUCCAAUUGUCCAGCAGUUUGCACAAAUUUCAAAAGAGAAACGGGUAGAGGAGGAUGAAGAUGAUCGACCAUAUGACCCAGAGGAAGAAUAUGACCCGAGUAUGGGAUACAGUGUGCCUAAAAAAACAGUUGAGGUAUUAAAUAAACCGGAAGUUGUACCAAAUGAAAGUGAUGAUAUUGCAUAUGACCCUGAAGAUGAUUCAAUUUUUGAUGAAGUCAAAACUACUGUAUCCGAUGAAACGGGAAAAUCUUCAUGUGAGAAAAUUCCCGAUGCUGAUAAAAUUUUGGAUACCCAGGAAGAAAAUAAUAACAUUUUACAGAAACAAGAAGAGGAAAUGCCACCUACUGACUCAUCUGGUGUCUCACAAACUCCUUCAACCCUUUUGGGCGGCGGUCAGUUACUGCAGCUCGGCAAAAAAGUAGAAGAUCUUGUGAAGUCUUCAUCUGCUGCACCCUCAAUCAAUCAAAAGAGAGAUCCUCGGCAGAACCGUGAAUCUCCCCCAGUGAUAGAAACAACAGCUGAACCACACUGCAAGGAUGAGUUGCCCUCAGAUGCACCUUCUCCAUCACAGCAGUCAAUUAUAAAAACACUUUUGCCUCCUCUUGCUCACCAUCUAGAUUCCUCAGAAGACUCAGAGACGUCAUUACCUAUGGAGCAGGAGAAAUCUGAGACAUUACCUUUAAUGGACACUGUAAAGGAAGAAGUGUCAAUACCUUUAUUAGGAGAGACCAUAGAGCCUGAUCUGGAGUAUGGCUACCUUCAAGAAAAAGAAGUGAAAAUGAGAGAAGAGCAACCUGAAAUGGUUCGAGCUGAAAUAGAGACAGACAAGUACAGUAUUUGGCCAAAUGCUGCAAGUAUUUUGAAAAGUAAUGAGGAUUCGGAAAGUGAUGAUAGUAGCCAAGACACAGAAAAAUUUAGCUCAUUUAUUGAGCCACCAAGCUCCUCAAUUACUUCCACAAUCCCAGUUCUCACUCCAAGUUUAGCUAUGAGUGACACUCAUUCCCAUCAUCCGAGACACCGCAUAGCAACAUCAGACUUUGACAAUGACUAUAGAAGGCCAAGCGACAUUCCUCCACCAUCGGACUUUGACAAUGAAUAUAGACGGCCAACUGAAAUUCGUCCACCAUCUGACUUUGACAAUGAGUAUAGACGGCCAACUGAAAUUCGUCCACCAUCUGAAUAUGAAAAUGAGUAUAGACGGCCAACUGAAAUUCGUCCACCAUCUGAAUUUGAAAAUGAGUAUAGACGGCCAUCUGAAAUUCGUCCACAAUCUAAAUUUGAAAAUGAGUAUAGACGGCCAACUGAAAUUCGUCCACCAUCUGACUUUGACAAUGAGUAUAGACGGCCAACUGAAAUUCGUCCACCAUCUGAAUUUGAAAAUGAGUAUAGACGGCCAACUGACAUUCCUCCACCACCUAAAUUUCUCCCACCUCAAACAAUACAUGGACAGAAUCCCGUGAUGAGGCCUCCACCAAUGUCAAUACCACCACCCAUACAAGGUCUUCCUUCAAUGUCAGUGCAACAGUCUAUGCAAGGACCCCCGCCAGCUAUCCAUCAUCCUCCCAAUGUACUUGGUCCUCCAAUUCAAGCUGACAAAACAUCCCAGUAUGGCCAACCUCCGACUCCAUUCCCCCCCUAUCAAAACCAGUGGACACGCACGCAACUACCGCCACCACAAAUACCACAGCAGCCACUGUCAAGACCACCACCCCAGAACCUUGUACCAACUACAGUGCCACCACAACUACCACUGUACCCACCAGUUACGCAGAGAGGUCCACCACCUCAAAUUUUUGAUCCUCUUAUCCCCCCUCAGCAUACUGGACAACAAGGCCCACCUCCAGGUUUCCCCCCACCACCUACUUUUGAUGUACAGAAUCAACUCCCGCCUCCACGAUUUACUGGUCCGCCGCCACCAUUUAAUUUUCCUGGAAACAGAGGUCCUCCUCCACCUUUUACAGGACCACCACCAGGACAUUUUGAUAGCAGGCCUCCUACUCUUACCCAGUUUUCAGGGCCAAGAGGUCCCAUACUACCUCAGUAUGGUGACCGUUCAAAUCAAAGUACAAUUCAUGUUGUAGACCAAAACCGUAGCCCCAGGGAUCAGUAUAAUAAAGAUAGUCACGCAUUCACACAUGUGGACCAACAUCAAAAUCAUCCUCAGCAUAUUUUCAAAGACAGCCAACCUCCUGCUUACAGGGGGCUUCCACCUAGCCAAUACGAUGAAUCAAGAGGGCCACCUUCACGUUUGGAGAUGAGCGGACAACAAGUCAAUCCAAAUAAGUUCGGGGUUCCUAGGCUACACUCACCACCCCAUAGAGGAGUUUUGAAUGAGCACAGAGCUCUUUCUCCUCUACAGGAUAGUAGAGGACUCCACGAUCAGUCUCAGUCUUUUGGUGGAUCGGAACGUUACCGCUUUGAUAGGUUUUCAGACGAAGGCAGACCUGCUCGUCAUAGUGGCCCACUUCUACCGACCCCUACAGAAACUCCUAUUGUUCCUCCAAAUCGCAUGGGAGGGCACAGUCCGGAACCACGGCGAGAGGACUACUGGCGCCGACAUUCCCCUGAAGUCAUGAGGAGAAGCAGCACCAACCGAGAGGGCCCAGAACCACAAAGUACAGAACUCUUCAGUCACUUUGAAGUAGGGCUCAGAGAACAGGGUCCGAGCUCCUCCCAAUUAUUAGAGGAAAGACUCAAGGAUCUCUCUGAAAACAGAAGAGACAGAGACAGGGAUAUCUCUGCUUCUCUGAGACCCUUGUGGGAUAGGAGUCAGGGCAAGCGGUGGAGCAGAGAACGAGAGUGGGACAGAAGCAGGGAGAGAGAUAUUGAUAGCCGAGAACGGGAGCGCAGCAAAGGAAAGGAGAGCGAGAAACACAAUGAGGCAGAGGUUGAGCAACACAGGGAUCAAGACACCGAUAAGAGGAGAGACCGUGACAGAGAAAGAGAGAGGGACAAGGACAGGCCCAGGGACUCUGACAGAAGGGAUUAUGAUCGUGAAAGGGGAAGAAUCCGCGACAAAGAGCGAGAACGGGACCGAGAGAAGCAGCAUGACAGGUCUCGAAGUAGAGAACGUGAUAGAGGUAAAGAUAAAGGUAGAGACAGAGACAAAGAAAGGGACAGUGACAGAGACAAAGAAAGGGAGAGGGACAGAGACAAAAAUGGGGAUAGAGAGAGAGACCGAGAAAGGGAAAGAGAAAAAGACCGUGACAAAGAUAAAUACAGAGACCGAGAUAGAUGCAGAGACAAGGAUAGAGAUGGAGAGAAAGAUAGAGACAGAGAUAAAGAACCAGAUAGAGAAAGAGAAAAAGACAGAGAUGGUGAAAAAGAUAGAGACAGAGAUAAAGACCGUGACAGAGAAAGGGAAAAGGAUAGAUGCCGAGAUAAAGACAGACCCCGCGACAGAGACCGAGAAAAAGACAGAGACCGAGAAAAAGACAGAGACCGUGAGAAAGACAGAGAGCGGGACAGAGACCGGGAGCGAGACAGAGACCGGGAGCGAGACAGAGACCGGGAGCGAGACAGAGACCGGGAGCGGGACAGAGACCGGGAGCGGGACAGAGACCGGGAGCAAGACCGAGAACGGGAGAAAGACCGAGAACGGGAGAAAGACCGAGAACGGGAGAAAGACAGAGACCGGGAGAAAGACAGAAGCCGGGAGAAAGACAGAAGCCGGGAGAAGGAGCGAGAUAGAGACCGAGAUAAAGACCGUGGCAGAGACCGCCAAGAAACAAGCAAAACCAGAGAAAGGAAAGAAGAGAAAAAUAUUAAACAUGAAAAAUCUAAGGCAAAAGAAAAGACUGCAGAAAAUGAUAAAAUCUCAUCCUAAUGCGUUUCCUGGAGACAUAAUUUAUAACCACUGAAAACACUUGUUAUUAAUAACAAGUAUUUCAUUUCUAUAGGUUCCAGCAUUUGUAUUUUCUGUCUUAAGUUGUUUAAUACAUUUGCAAAACAUAACUGAAGGACAUUUAAGUUACGUCAUGUGUUUGAAGUGUGGGUUAUAGCUACAGAGCUAAAUCCAGGUUAGGAAUUAUGUGUCCUAUCACACAAUAAAUGUAAAUAUAAAUGUAUUUGUGUACAUACUGAUGUUUUUAAUACUUUUCUAAGUAGACAAAAGCCAUAUACCCUGAAUGGAUCGUUAAAAAUUUAACUGCUCAGAGCUGUUAUUGGACAGGAUCAGAAAAGGUUCCAUUUAUCUACUGUGCAGUACCUAAUCUUUUGUUUCAACUCAAUUAAACAUUGUUGAUCACAUCAUGAAAA